GUUUAUCACUAGUCGUGUGUUUGGUUUGCACCGGCUUUCAGUCCAGACUGCUGAACAUAAUCAUUAAAGAGAUGGCCGCCAGCACGCACAUGUUCACUGACAAGGAGACCAAUAACUGGUUCAAGGCGUGCUUAGCACUCAAUUUGACAAAGGAAGGACUAGCUAACUUUCUGAAAACAGAAUUACAGAAGUUGCAAACUGCCGUUGGUAUAAGUUGUGGAAACUGCUCCACUCAAAAACUAGUACUAUGUCCAACGAACCCAUACUGUAGCAAGCGGAAACGGAAUUAUUGUCCUUACCACAAAUCACAGAUACCACAGUCAUGCUUAACAUGUGAUAAAGUAAAACAGAAUAUCGAAUCACAUCACAGAUACAAUAACCCGUCUUGGCGGAACACAGAUGCGACAAAAUGGGCAAGCGACUAUUGGGAAAUAGGCAAAUGCUUUCUUCCUCCGGACGGGUAUAGCAGCGUUUUAUCGGUUCAAGAAUCGGACUUGAAUGGCGUGAUAAGCAUCCUGUUGAACUGCACACAUUUCCAGAACUGUCUCUCCCCUUCAUGUCUAUCUCCUCCACCACCAAAUAAGCAAUCUCCGCUAGAAAUGGUCCGUCAGAUAGGCCGAGAUGUGCGUCACACUUCUGACUGCAAGGUUACAGACUCAGCUCUGCAUGGCUAUUUUCAGAGAUUGUCCACGCUACUGGCUGAUCCAAAGUUCUUACUACAUGAUCAUUCAGCAACGAUAGCGCGUACUCGACUUAGUGAUUUGCAGAAUGAUCGCAUGUCAUUAAAAGACCUGGGCGAGCUGUUAAAAGAAGCCUAUCAAACACUUGAACAUGCGAAAGAAACAGGCGAACGUGUUUCGAAGGAGGCAGAAAGAACCCUAGCAGAAGCUUUGAAAAAAAUAGACACUUCUAUACAGGCAGGGGAACAGCGAAUUGAAUGCAAGACACAGCUAGGUGAGCAACGAAUUGACAGCACGACACAGCUUGGGGAGCAACGAAUUGAAAGCAAGACACAGCUUGGAGAGCAAAGAAUUGAAAGCAAGACACAGCUUGGGGAGCAACGGAUUGACAGCACGACACAGCUUGGAGAGCAACGAAUUGAAAGCAAAACUCUUGCUGUUGAAAAACGAAUCGAAACGAAGGGAAACGAUGUGAAACAAAACAUUGAAAGACAAAUAAAGGAUGGGACACACCACAUCUCACGCCAUUUGCAGAUUGGUAUUGUGCGCAUGCAACUAGCUGCGAACAAAACUAAAGCAGAAGACUAUGAACGAUGCGUAGCAGAUCUUCGCCAAUGUUUGAUUCAAUAUUACGAUGACACGACUUGCAAUGUGCCUGUUUUAACAUUUGAUAACAGUCUUGAUAAGAGAAUAACAGACGUAUAUGCAACGCCGAAAAUACACCGCAUCAAUAUAGAAAAAGAUGGACAACGUGUGAAAGAAGAACGAAUACUGGCCUACAGAGACAUAUUUUACACCAACAAUACAUCAAAUAAACGUAUAUACAUACAGGGCGAACCAGGUAGAGGAAAAUCUACGUUUGCAGUUAAGUUAGUCCAUGAUUGGUGCUACGAAAAACCGCCUUUAUCGGCAAUUACGUCAGAAAAUAUAUCGUUGUCUAAUCGCCUCAUUUGGCGCGAUGAAAACCUGCUUUCACCAUCAGCUCCCAUAAACAUUCAAGCGUUUGAAGAUCGGGUAACACUUCAGAAAUUCAAGUUCUUAUUUUUCAUCACGUUGAGAGAUUCGAGGGAUCAGACGGAUGUUACGCAGAUGAUAAAAAAGCAGCUUAUUGAUAAUAUGUUUUCUGAUGAAGAACGUGCCGAUAAGUACAAACUGCUCCUACAAAUAAUAAAAACUGAAAUUUGCCUCGUUGUACGAGAAGGUCUAGAUGAAUGGGUGUGUCCUAGUGGUAGUAACCUAGCUGAACCAUCAAUGGCGGGAUUUCCGAAGGACACCUGCACGGUACUUACAACUACUCGACCAUGGAAACUGGUUGAUGAAAAAAUUAAGAACUCGCAGAUCGAACGUCUGUUAGAGAUCGAAGGGAUAAUCAGUCCAUAUUCAUUUACUAAAAAUAUUCUUCGCUGCAUAAUUGACCAGAGGAAGGCUCUAGGGGACACCGUGGAUGAAUUUGAGUUAUUUGUAAACCGUCGUGAGCUCCAAUCGUUAUCAUCCUCACCAAUGUUGUAUGCUCUGGUCAUCUGUAACUGGGUCGACACGAUUGGGGAGGAGGAACAUUUGAAAGGCUCGUCAUUGUGUUUACUUUACACUACUCUACUUGAAAGUCUUUGUAAAAAGGCUAACAGUGCACCUGGUUACUUUAACGAUUCAAAUGCACCACCAGUGCACUGUUUUUCUAGAACAAAUUACCUACAGCCAAACAUCGAACACUUAAAUAAGCUCGCUUGUGCAGCUUGCAAAUUGCUAUUUUCUUGUGAAAGAGAAACAGCUAUUGUAUUCAACGAUAUCAAAUUGUCUCACUAUUUUUCUAACGAAGAGUUUGUGGGCUGCAAGAUGUUUGCACUAAAGGCAGGAAUAUUAACAAACAGGAAAGAGAAACAUAGAACAGAGAACUCCAACUUGUUCAUACACAAAUCUGUACAGGAAUUCCUCGCAGCAUAUCAUAUCGCCUGCAAUCCAAAUGUCAUUGAUGACAUCAUUUCCAGAUAUCUUGAAUGUUACAAUAAUUCAUAUCUCGACAUAUCGCAAGUUCUGAUAUUUGUGUGUGGAAUGAAUAUUUCCGCUGCGAAUAAACUGUCGGCUUUGAUGAAUCAAUGUGACGUUGAUAAUUGCGGUGCUUCAGGGUAUUACGCCUGUGCGUUUCAGAGAGUCAUUGAGUCUGGAAUCAGAGAGGCAGUAGCAAACAAGCAGGAUGGCAUUCGCCUGAAGCUCAGUCACUUUAACAUUACUCCGGGCAACAUGAGAGAUAUAAACUUGAUUUGGUCUACGAACACGUCGAAUAUCCAUUCAUUCUCGGGAGUCUUCAAUGCACUUGAUGAGCGAACAUCUCAUUUUGAGGUAAAACUGUCAUCGUGUCUCAAGUUGAAAUGGUUGCAAUUAUGGGGAAACGGCAUAUGGUUUCAAGAGACAGACACUUCGUCCAAAUCGGAACAUCCGAUCAUGAUUGUUCUAAACAGUGCAUGUCAAUUCCAGUGUGCAGGACCUCUUCCAGUACUGCCCUCCAUAGAACGAAUUUAUUUACAGCAUGUAAUAUGUUCCUCUACCUGGCUACAUGGUCUGUUCUGCACUCUGCUGACAUGCGAUCAUGAGGUGGUGUGUACGAUGAGACAAUGUUACAUAAACUCGCAUUCUGAUUAUGAAUCAUCCAAAAUACAUUUGGGUAAACAUGCAGUUAACAUGCACAUAAGUACGUAUGAAAGUCCCGGUCUGAGGGAGGCUCUCCAUGGUCUGAAAAUUAAGAGUCUGACUCUGAGUGGUUUUACGGAACGAUUAUGUGUAAAGUCGUAUGCGCAGUCACUAUCCUCGCUCAAACAGUUGGGAACGCUUAGUAUUGAUAUGAAUAACAGCCCCAGUCUGUGGGAGGCUCUAAAUGGUCUGAAUAUAAAGAGUCUGACUGUGAUUGGUCGGAAUAAACGAUUAGAUGUAAAAUUUAUAGAGUUGUUAAAGCAGUCACUAUCCUCGCUCAAACAGAUGGAAACGCUUAGUAUUGAUAUGAAUAACAGCCCCAGUCUGUGGGAGGCUAUCAAACGUCUGAAUAUAAAGAGUCUGACUCUAACUGGUUGGAAUGAACGAUUAGAUGUAGAGUUUGUAGAGUCGUUUAGGCAGUCACUAUAUUCGCUCAAACAGCUGGAAUCGCUUAGUAUUGAUAUGUAUAAUAGUUCCGGUAUUUGGAAGGCUCUCAAUGGUCUUAAUAUUAAGAAUAUGACUCUGAAUGGUUUUAAUAAACUUUAUGAUGUGAAUCAUGUAGAGUCGUUGUCGCAGACACCAUCAUCGCUCAAACAGCUGGAAACGCUUACAAUAUGCGUAUUUAACUAUAUCGACCUACAACUACCACAAUCGUUGAAGUAUGUGAAUAUCUACUGUUACGCAUUGUAUCCAUCCGAAUUACGCACACUUGCGAAAACACUGUCUGCAUGUGAUCAGAAAAUUGAGGGAAAGCUAGAAUUCGGAUGUUCACGCAUUACAUCCGGAUAUGUUUUUAGUCACAUUUUUGAACGAAUCCCAGUGGAGGAAUACAUGGCCAUCCGACAGGAACUUGUGGCGCUGAAGAAUGUUGCAGUAAAAAGAUUCAAAAUAUUUGAUAGGAUAAAACCCAACAUGCGGACUGGCGAUGCAGAUUCUGCCUGGUCUGUACGUGGGAUUUGUGAUUCCGACGACGAUCAUGAGGAUUAUGGAAACGUUGAAGAUGACGCACACAAAAAAUUUAUUGCAAAUAUUAAUGAUAUUAUCAUCAAUCGUAUUUCAAUGCGAUUUGCGAUAACUCCGGAUUCGAUAUCAUAAAUUCAUGAAUGCGACUGAAGGACAUGAUUAUAAAAUGAAAUAUAUCAUUAUGUAUGUUUUGAACACAAGUUGUAAAUAAGAACACUUUAUCUCACUUUUAUAUCAUGAUGAGCGGUUAUUUCGGUCAAAUAUUAAAGACAGAAAUGAUGUAAUUAUAUGUGAAGUGUAUUGGUAAAUGACCCACGGUAGUUAUUCAAUAGCAAAAUAUCAUCGAAAUAUAUUAUUCUAAGUCAAGCGACAACUAAGUCGUAUAUCUUAAGGAUUGUAUUUGCUCGAGUUUUUCAUUUCAAAUGACUGAUAAUACAGCCAAAAUUAAGACUGUCUCAUUCCUUAAAGGGGCCUUUUCACGUUUGGGUAAAUUGACAAAAUUGAAAAAAGUUGUUUCAGAUUCGCAAAUUUUCGUUUUAGUUAUGAUAUUUGUGAGGAAACAGUAAUACUGAACAUUUAACAUGCUCUAAAAGACAUUAUAUGCAUCUUUUGACGAUUAAAAAAAAAACAAAAUUAUAAAGCGUUGCAACGCGAAAUGAAUUAAUAAUUUGGAAAGUUCUAAUGUUGUCGUUAUAUGUUGUAAAACUACGAGGAUUGCUUAUGUAUAAAGUAUAAAAUACAUCUGGCAUUGUAUUCGGAAGAAUGGCCGAGUGGUCUAAUUGGAGGACUUCUUAUUCCAGGGGUCAGUGGUUCGAGCUCUGCUGAGGGUUACCUUUUUUCAAUUGUAUUCUUGAUUUUUUACUGGAGCUUUUGUAUCCAAUGUUUACAUUUAUCAAUAUAAAGCAUUUAAUGACAAACUUCAAAACAUGCCAACAUCUGUGAAAAGGCCCCUUUAACAGUAAACCGUAUUUUCAUCAUAUUCGUUGAUUUAAAUAAUAGAACAGUAUCGCAUCCUGUCUAAUUUUGCUACUGUGUAAUUAACAUUAAAUUUACAUUAAAUUUAUAUAACGAUUUCGUGUUUUAUUUUAAUCAUAGUGAAUAAUAUAUUAUGCAUGCCAUUUUUCUUAGUUUUGCUUGCAUACACAUACCAUACGAUUAUUGCAAUUUUUCGUUUACACGUUUAUUCACGUGCAUUUAUAUGUACAUGUUUUGAACAAUCUUCGCAACUUCUAAAGCAAAAAUUGGCUCCGUCUAUAAUUAUUGCAGAUGACCAACACUUUAGACAAUUCUUUUGCAAAAGAAAUCAAACAGCGUUCCUUAUUACAAUACAUCAUAAAAAUCAUAUACAUCAUAUAAUACAUCCUCAUUGUCUCUUUCAUUUAUUGCUUGUUAUUUUGAUGGUUGCGUUUUACGUUAUAGUACCAUGAACAUUUUGACGAAUGAAAGUGACUUGGUACAAUGUAAUAAAAAAGUAAGUUGCCUACUUUAAGUUCUCAUACAGUGUCAUUUUAUUUUCAAGGACAAAAAUAAGCCUAUACUAUUCUCUUAUACUAUUAUCUAACAUUUGUUUAUUUUCUAUGCUUUAAUAGAACGCCUAGUUACAUGUUUUGAAAAGCAUCGUUUAUUGUCUCUAUAAUCUUACAAAUUUUUUGAAAUAAAUUCCGGUCAAGUGUGAGAUUUGAACUCUUAGAAGCCGGUUUAAACUCCUAUGCUUUGGCCCUAUAUGUAUAUAUUGUAUGCGUGUUUGUUGUGUAUUUUGUAUUGUUUAUUCAAAUCGUCCAUGUAUGGCUUUCAUCACAAUGUUUGGUAAAUGGCUCCUAGCAUUAUUUAAAGCACAGGUGGUUAGCGUGUGGCUAUGAUAUUAAUU